AUGGGGAUUCGUUUACCAUCAUCUCUGAUUCCUAAUGCCAAGCAAAUUCUAAAGAUGCAGUUGGGAUUUACCAAGAAGCAGUCAGAUGUUGUUCCUAGAGGUCAUGUUGCAGUAUAUGUGGGAGAUAUCCAGAGGAAGCGAUUUGUGGUCCCUGUUUCGUUCUUGAACCAUCCUUCAUUCCAACAACUACUCAACCAAGUAGAAGAAGAGUUCGGUUUCCAUCAUCCACAUGGAGGUCUAACAAUUCCUUGCAAAGAGGAUGCCUUCAUUGAUCUCACUUCUAGAUUACAACUUCUUGAAGGAUGA